AUGUUCGAUUUCCACCUUUCGACGCAAAGUCAUCGGCUGCUUAUGUGUGUGCCACUAUUCACUGGCAUCUUUUGGUUUGCAACCCUGCUUGCCAUGCUUCUUACCUGGCUUAUCUCUGGACGUCCCAAAUACGUCUCUCAAGAGGGGAACGUUGCGUACAUAUCAGACGUUGGCGCUUCAUGCCUCAAACCCCUAUUUGUUGUUGGUUGUUGCAUCACCGGCGUGGGCUUCACGCUCUCUCUGGUGCUAGAACACCUUUUACGGCACAGAGGCAGGCUCCCUCCCUCUAUGCGCAAAACAGAGCGCAUGUUUGAGAUCCUUGCCAUCGUGGGAUCAUUCAUAGCAAUACUGGGCCUCGUUUUCCUGUCUGGCUUUGAUACGAAACGCUACCAAACCGCGCACUACUUGUGCCUACUCUUCUUCGCCAUGGGUGUCAUUCUCUCCGUGAUUUCCACUGUGUUCGAGUACCGCUGGUUAGCUCAGGAUCAUCCUGACAUCAUAAAGCUUCGGCGUGCGUACUUGGUGAAGGCUGUCAUUGGAAGUAUCCUUAUCGUUCUCGCCAUCGCAUUUGGCAUCACGCUAUUUUACGCUGCGGACGUCGGAGGAGUCAUAGAAUGGAUCAUCGGAUUCGGGUUCACCUUUUAUCUACUCACUUUUGUAUGUGACCUAAGGAUUGCGAGAAUCGUACAACAGGGGGGAGUGGACAUGACGGAGAGGGGCCAGACCUCACAGCGACAGAUCGGGGAUAGCGAGGUGGCGCUCGGAACUGCUUGA